AAAAGCUUUCAUGUUGGUGCGUUCAGGUGCUUGAGGAAAGCGGUGAAAUCUCAGAUUUCGGAGGCGGCUGCUGAAAAGUCAAAAAGUCAAAUACACGAAGAAGAAAUGUCUAAUGUUUUUACGGUUUUUAUAAUUUUCUUUGUAUUUAGCAUAUUUCGCAGCUGACUCUCAGGUCCCGGAUGUUGACGGUAUCGAGCUUGGAUAUUUGUAACUCUCAGGUGCUUCCAGAGAGAGAGAGGCAGGACUCUAACUCCCCUGCUGGAUUAAAUGUCAGUAAACCUGUGAGCCGCCAUCUUUGUCUCCGUUCUUCAGCAGAGCCAUGGCAGAAGGCCCGUCAGAGACACUUUAAAGAAGGUGGUGUUAGUUAGUUUGUCUCACUACAAAAAGCAAAUGUACCGUAAACCCGAGGUGGUGUAAAUACUUGCUGCUGUACACAGGGUGGUGUUUCUGUGGAGCUCAUUCUCACUUCGAGAUUAAAUCAUGUACAGCACCACAUAUCUGACAGUUCACAUCCCGACCACACAUCCACCCAACGGUCCAGCACCUUUCCGGUCAUGAGACUGUCUCUUGCGGUGCAUGCUGGGAAGUGUAUUUCUCGGUGGCUCACUUCCCCUUUGUACUCUACGACAGUCAGCGGAGAUGAAACUCCACAUCCCAGAAACACCGCCGCGUCAUUCCCAUAUUACUUCAUUUCCACCAUGAACCAGACACACAAAUGUCAGAUUUGUAACGUUUGUAGCAGAGCGGGUUCAGUUUGUAGGGAAUGUUAAAUGAUCUUUCGACAUAUCGACAGCUUGUUAAGCGCUUUGCUAACUAAUGUGUUCAGUGAGGGAGUGAGGAGCGGCAGCCUUGCUAAUUAACUAGCAGCUAGUUCCUCAGUUAGCCACCAGAAGAUGGAAGCUAGUUCUGUAGCCUGCUUUCAUCCGUGGGAAACACACACUAAUAUUAGCUAACUGGGUGUUAAUAAAUCACCCCGCUAGCAUCAGGUGCUCUGCUAUAAUCCUGUCUGUUAGCUCGUAGCGUUAGCAUAAAUCUUCAGAAGAGCUUCAGCGAUGGAAGAAGUGGACAAGAUUCUGAUUCACGCCCUCAAACAAGUCGGCACAGAGGUGAGCGAGGACACGGACAGCGUCAAACAGUUCAGCAGUGAGCUGAUCGUGGAGGCGGUGGUCAGAUGCAUCCGGGUCAUCGAUCCAGGCCUGGGCAGCGGGCUGCCCACCUCCCUCCCUCCGGGCAUGUCCGCCCGCUUCAGGGUGGGCAUGAGCCUGGCGCAGGCCUGUCAGGACGUUGGUUAUAAAGGAGAGAUAGGCUACCAGACUUUUCUGUACAGCAACGAGCCAGAGAUCCGCUCCCUGCUCAUGUUCCUGGUGGAGAAGCUGCCCAGAGAGAGUGCAGAGGCCUCAGACCAGCCGACAGGUAAAUCGGUGGUCCUCCAGAGAGCCAUCGCUGCUGCAAUCAAAGCCCAGCUGGCUGUGCCCUGGCUGCCUCCAAACUGCAGACUGCCACUGCACGGUGAAACACAAAGUCCAGGAGCGUCGCACAGCUUCCACGUCCAGCCCCUCAGUUUGCCACACUGCACUAAAGGCCCAGGGAGGAAGCAGCUGAAAGAGGUGAAGGAGUACCAGCGGGACUUUCUUCCUCCUGUGACCGCCCAGCCUUCCCAUCAUGCCUCUGUGGUGGCGUCCAUACUGGAGCAGCACACGGCUGAGCUGAGUGCUGCUCAGGAGUGGGACAACGAGUGGAACAGUCAGGGACUCCUGUCUCGCCUCACACCACAGGAGUAUCGCUCCAGGAAACUGACCCGGCUGCGUAAACGCAUCCAGGAGCAGCUGCGUUCUGCUGCUCUGCCCUCUCCUGAAAGUGCCUUUGGUGGUCCUCGCUCCGCCUCUGACCUGUCUGAGCUACUGCAGGCCUUCAGAGGCUCCGCCCCCUCUGACCACGUCCUGACCAAGGGCACCCACUUCACCCACACCCAGAAGUUCACCUUCACGCAGGAGGCGCCACCGGUGACCAGCUCCGUCCCCGCUGGGCACCAGUCAGAGAGUGAUAUCCAGCUCCGCCAGCAGGAGGAGCUGGCUUCAUUCCAGCAGCAGUUCCAGCAGCUCUGCAGUGACGUCGACCAGCUAGCAGCAGACAUGAAGCACAUGAGUGUCACACACACACAGGUGUUGGAUGAGUUGAAGCAGAGAGAGCUGGGGAACGCUGACAAAGAGGAGAAGUUGCAGAUGAAGAAGAAAACAAUCGACCUGUUGCCAGACGCAGACAACAACGUGCUGAAGCUUCAGACUCUGGUGGAGGCCAGUGCCAAGCGGGUGGUGAGCCUGGCCUCGCAGUGGGAGAAACACCGCGCUCCGCUCAUCGACGAGCACCGCAGACUCAAAGAAAUCUGCAGCAACCAAGAUCUGGAGUCGUCCAGAAAGCUGUCUGAAAUCAAGUCUCUGCACGACAAAAUCCGCGUGUCUACCGAGGAGGCCAAGAAGAAGGAAGACAUGUACAAACAACUGGUGACGGAGUUAGAAAACCUUCCUCAGGACGCGUCCCGGUCUGCGUACACUCAGAGGAUCCUAGAGAUCGUCAGCAACAUCAAGAAACAGAAGGAGGAAAUUACAAAGAUUUUAUCAGACACUAAGGAGCUCCAGAAAGAGAUCAACAGCCUGACAGGAAAGCUGGACAGGACCUUCGCUGUGACCGAUGAGCUGGUCUUCAAGGACGCCAAAAAAGACGAAUCCGUCCGCAAAGCCUACAAGUACCUGGCUGCCCUGCAUGAAAACUGUAACCAGCUGAUCCAAACCAUCGAGGACACCGGAACAAUCCUGCGGGAGAUUCGAGAUCUGGAGGAGCAGAUUGAGACGGAAAACGGAAACAAAACGGUGGCUAACCUGGAGAGGAUCCUGGACGACUACAAGGCCAUUCGCCAGGAGAACGCCGCGCUCGCUGCCAAAGUGCGAGAAGGCUGAAGGAAGCUCCGCGUGCUCCGCGCUGCCUGCCGAGGCUGACGCUGUGGCGAGAACCUGGAGACGGACCUGAGUGGGACUGAAACAGCACUCCGGAGACUGCCGGUCACUAACCCCACCCUCUGUUGCCAUUGGAGACCUGCGAGCUGAUCUUUGUACCCUGGAACUAACCAGGCAUUUUAACGCACGACCUGCGUGGACGGAUGAAGACGACAAUUAGUUUUUCAUUUCAAACCGACUUCCCCGGCCGGACUCUGGUCCGAUCGCUCUGGAUCUGAGACGCUGGAGCGCAGAGGCUGCCGUCACACCUUUUCUCUUCAAAUGGAAAGUCGUUCGUAUUGAUGUGUGAAAUGUUUUCGGAAGAAAUCUUGAUUCAUAUCGAAGCUUUGACUUUUUAAUACAGGAAUCAGUCCACCGUUUUCAGACAUUAGCAGUUCAUUCGCUGUCGUGAUUAUAUUUGAACUGAACAUGUUGAGUGAAUGGAAUUUGAAUGUAGUCCAUUAAUAAUGUAGUCCAGCCCCAUCAGCAGAGUAUUGUUGUGUAUAUGGUACCAGCUUCAAUAAAGAUGCCUUACACACUAGAAA